AUGCGCUUCACCAUUGCCACCGUCCUGGCUUUUGCCGCCUCUGCCGUCGCCGUCGGCGUCGAUGCCACCGAGGGCUUUGACAGAAUCGACACCCCAAACAAGGACGAGCAGCUUACUGCCGGCAAGCCCUACGUUGUCAAGUGGGAUAACCCUGCUCCCUACACCGAGGGCCCCGUCUACAUCCAGCUCCUCGGCGGCAAUGAUCCCAACACUCUGACUGUCAAGUCUGAGAGACUUGCUACCAUCGACAACAAGGACAAGGAGUACACCUGGAACGUCGACGCCUCCCUCGGCGAUGACGCCACCUACGGCCUCCGCUUCGUCUGGGAGAAGGACGACAAUGUUGUUCAGUACUCCAAGCCCUUCCACAUCAAGAAGGGCGACAGCGCCGGCUCCUCCACUGUCACCCAGACCUCGUCCCAGGGCGUCAAGACCGUCACUCUCAGCUCCGCCAGCACCAGCUCUUCUGCCAGCCCUUCUACCAGCUCUGACAGCUCUACCACCAUUACCAGCAGCGCCAGCAGCACCAGCAGCAUUACCAGCUCUACCACCGAGGUCGCAAACACCACCACCUCGAGCUUCAUCACCUCGAGCUUCACCACCUCGACUGCUCGCGCCAACACCACCAGCGCCAACUCCACCCACACUUCCACCCUCGGCUCCAACACUGGCAGCAUCUCUACGACUACCCCUGCCACCCGGCCCUCCAGCGGUGCCGCUCACGCUUACGGCUCCAUUGCCGUUAUUGGUGGUAUCGUCGCCGCUCUGCUUACCCUGUAA